CUACCACAUCACUCACUCCACUUCUCCUUCUCUCUCAAGCAAGACAGAAGAAAAGUUUUUUUAAUUUAGCCUUCCCCAAAUUAUAUCAACCAUGGCUAGUGCUAAGUUAGUUUGUGCUCUCUUGCUAUGCAUAGUGCUCUCUGCCCCCAUGCUGAACGUUGAUGCCUUGUCAUGUGGUGUUGUGGCUGGUGAUUUAGCACAGUGCCUCACCUACCUGAAGAAAGGAGGGCGAGUUCCUCCGGCUUGUUGCAAAGGAGUUGUGGCUCUCAAAAGCGCUGCUAAAACCACUCAAGAUCGCCAAGAUGCUUGUAAUUGCAUGAAACAAACCGCCUCCAAAGUUGGUGGGGUUAAUGCUGGCUUCGCGGCUGCUCUUCCUCGCCUGUGCAAAGUUAACAUUGCCUAUAAGAUCAGCACCUCCACUAACUGCACCAGCAUCAAGUGAAGUGGAUAGCUAGAGCUGCGAUUUUCAACGGCCGAGGAUUUUUAGGGUUCCAUGAGUAUAAUAAAGUGGGUGCUUCUGUACUCUUGAAGGGUAGUCUCCACUUGAUCAGCGAGUCUCCCAUCCCUGUUAUCUAUGUCUUUCGAUCCAAGUAUCUUUUGUUUGGAUGUCAUAUAUGCCAUUAAAAAUAAAUAAAAAAUAAAAACUUAUGCUCA